UCUGCUCAGUUUGCUAGAAAAAACCCCAGCGAGAACCAGGAAGAACCUCACAUGGACUGCAUCCUUUCACACACUAACGCCGCAGGUGACUUCAUGACCCACGAUCUGUUUGUCGGACUAGCGAUUUGAUCUGCACAAGAUGUCCAGUCACAACGAGUGUUAUUAUAAUGAGUCCAUGCAGUUUUUCUACAACAAAAGCAACCAUGUUACUCAAGACUGGGAGCACCUCGCUCUACUUCAGUCUGUGGGCUGCAUCUUCUGUUGCUUCAUCCUGGUGUCCAACGCAAUGGUCAUCACCGCUGUGAUCACCAACAAACGGUUUCACUACGCAUUCUAUUAUCUUGUGGGCAACCUUGCUGCUUCGGACUUUCUUGCUGGGAUCGCAUACCUGUAUCUCAUGUUCAAUACAGGUAAAGUGUCCAAAACAUUGAGUGUUCAUGGGUACUUUUUUCGGCAGGGCAUUUUGGAUACAAGUCUCUCGGCCUCGCUCGCGAACCUGCUUGUGAUCGCUUUGGAGCGUUACAUCUCCAUCAUGAACUGGAAGAUGCACAGUAACCUUACGAAGCGCCGGGUGACCCUUUUGAUUGUGCUAGUUUGGGCCUUCUCCCUCUUUAUGGGUGCAGUACCGAGCCUGGGCUGGAACUGCAUCUGCAGUAUCGAACAGUGCUCACUGCUGGCACCGGUCUUCAGCAGGAGCUACCUGAUCUUCUGGUCAGUGUUCAACUUGUUGGUUUUCCUCAUAAUGGUCGCCAUAUACUUAAGGAUAUAUAUCUACGUAAGGAAGAAAACCAGUGUACUAAACGGCCAUGCCACUGGAUCUUUGAAACGCAAGAGGACGCCGAUCAAGCUCGUUAAAACAGUGAUGACUGUAUUGGGUGUAUUCGUGAUCUGUUGGACCCCUGGUCUCAUUGUGCUGCUCCUGGAUGGCUUAAAAUGUGAGCAGUGCAAUUUGCUACAGUUUAAGCGCUGGUUUCUUCUCCUGGCCGUCCUUAACUCUGUGUUGAACCCGAUCAUAUACUCUUACAAGGACGAUGAGAUGUGGACCACCAUCAAGAAUUUGCUGCGAUGUGUCUGUAAUGGUACCCGACGGCAGAGGUCAUCAAAGGCCAACAUGCGCGCUGCAACGUCGAGCACGGAUGUGAAUACAAGCCUACGCCUCUCCGAGGAGAAAAAUACAACACAGGACAUGCUGAAGACCUAAUAGCUCCAGAAAGUAGCACCCAAUGACAUAUUUGUUUUUGUUUGACCUCAAUAAUUUGUUAGUUACUGUACUUCCAGGUGUUUUAGAGUAUGUUAAGCUUAAGCCUGAGAUGAUUUUCUUUUUUAUAUGUAUAAUAUUGUUAUUAUUUUAGAUGGUGACGUACGAUGUACAUUCAGUUGUGUGUCUUUUUUAGGUACAAGUCCAGCACUUUUUCUUAUUUUUGUAAAAGACAAAGCAUUUGUAACUAGUGUGGUUUUGUUUUCGAAGGUAAUCACCUUAUUGAUUUGAAUAUAAAGUGCAAUUUGUUUAUACAGGUUUAUUUCUUAAUUUUUAUAUAGACUCAGUUCAAGGCUAUUUCAGCCAGGCAUCCUUUGUGAGCCAGUCCAUUGCAGGUUUUUCACACUGUUAUUCAAUAACCUCUGCUUGCCUUAACAAGUCUCAACGUCUAGAGUCAUAGUUGUACCAUGGAACCGACUAGGCUUUAAAAUGAAUUCUUGUGCAACCUGCAUGAAAACAUAAAAGACACUCCUCUUUCUUUGGUCUCUGUGGUUAGCUGUGUCUAGGCAAGUCUAUAUUCCAUUAUAGCUAAGUAAUAUGGACAUCCUGAAAAUCAUAGAAUUAUAUUAGACGGGAAUUAAAAGAUUUCAUUUCUUUAGUAUGGCAUUCAUAAUCGAAGGUAAGAAGAGAAACUAAUGCAGCUGCAGACCUGGCUGCAAACCUGUUUUUCCUCUUAUUGUUGUGAUUGCUUCAUAUACAUUACUCAUUACACCGAGUCUGAUGCGGCUGUAGCCAAUUAGACCGUGAGUUCGCCUGGCAUUGCAACAUUCUGGAUUAUUGUAAUUAUAACCUAUGUCAUGUCGUACAUACAUCUCUGGAAGCUUUAGACAGGUUGCAGUGGAAUACCCACAUUACCGCCUCACACUUAGGAGUAAAUCACCCAAGGACCUUUAAACAUGAUCUUAUGUUAGUCCUUCUCAUGUGACUCAUGUCAGUUAGUCACGUUAAUAAAAUACAUGCUUUGCCCUUCCUGUAAAGUUCAUACUCAUACAGUGAUUAUGACCAACCAUAUACUUAAAGGCCAAAGGUUCAAAAGAUUUCCUUCUCUCCAGG